GCAGAAGUCCCCAGGUGGCCUCAGCAGAAGAGCAGAAGGAAAUGCAAGAUAAAGUGACUAGUCCAGAGAAAGCUGAAGAAGCAAAAUUGAAAACAAGGUAUCCUCACCUGGGACAAAAGCCUGACGGUUCGGAUUUUUUAAGGAAACGACUGCAGAAAGGGAAAAAAUAUUUUUAUUCUGGGGAUUAUAACAUGGCUAAAACGAAAAAAAAGAACAAGCAACUUCCUACUGCAGUCCAGGAUAAGACCGAGGUCAUUGGUGACCACAUUCCCACUCCAUAGGACCUUCCUCAACAGAAACCAUUUCUCCUUGUUAGCAAGCUGGCUGAGGGAUGAAAAGUGAUGAACUGCAUGAGUCUUCUAGUUCCCGUUAUUUCUCCUUAAUAUGUUACAUAUCCACU